UGCACGUCGUCUUUAUCGACGAUAGAGUCUCCUCUUUGUAUGGUAUCUAAACACAUGUGUAUGCAUAACAUGAAUAAAUUCGGUAUUCACGUAUUAGUGACCAUGGUGCUUAUGGCUUUUGUUGUACACUGUGUUAACCUAGACUUCAAAAACAAAUUAAACAACAAAUUAUACGAGUUUAACUGCACGUAUUCAUUGACCAAGGGCGAAUAUUUUAGCAAUUUUUCCUACGGCUACGAGACAUCCAGAUUUUUCUACUACGACAACAAAACAGCAUCGAAUAUAAUCAAAAUAAAAGGCGUGGAAGAUGUAAAACAAUUGAAACCAUAUACCGGUGAUAUAACAAUUGGCAAAUGGACCAAGGGCAAUUAUUCGUGUACAGUGGGCACACACAACAAAACACACACUAUACUAACCACACGUUUUGUUGGCAUAAACUCCGGCCAUAAUAUUGCAAACAAUGUGUUUAUGACCACAGGUUUGGUCGCCCUGUCAUCGGCUCUGCUAUUUAAAAUAUAA